AUGGGAGGCUGGCAUUGUCUCCGUGUGUCUCUGCUCGUCCCACGCGGCGGCAUCCAGGGCAGCGGCGGGCAGGGCGGAGCGAAAGUGAAAGCAAGCCGCGCGGCGGGCGUGGGCGGCGGCGGCGGCGGCCGCGCUUCCCGCGCGCCUCCGACUCGGCACGUGAUGAGGCUCGCGACAGCAUGGCGGCUGGCAGCGCUGCUGCUGGCCACGACAGCGGCGGCCACAGCGACGGCGACGGCGGACUCUGAGGACUGGUCGUGGGGCGGCGGCCGCGACGCCAGGACGCAGCAGCUGGCGCCCUCCGCCCCCACGGCGGCCGCCUCCGCCCCCGGCGCUGGCGUCCCGCCCUCGGCCGCUGACUCAGGCGUGCUGCAGCAGGUGGUGGACUCGAUCCUGCAGUCCGGCCGGCAGGGCCGCAACCUGGACGGCUACGACGACGUGUACAGCGACCCCAACGUGCAGCACGCGCUCACCGCCGGCAACGACACGCAGGCGCGCCACUACAUCCGCGAGCGCCUCUGCAACCUGGGGCUCAUGGCGUGUGACGACGUGGUGCCGAAGCGGCCGUACGUGGAGCCGCACGAGCUGAUCUAUGCGCAGCCCGUGGCCAUCAAGCCGGUGGGGCAGCCGAUCCCGGCGGUGCCGGUGCGCGGGCCCCCCAAGAGGCUGCCGCCUCCGCCACCCCCGCACCACAUCCCCCACAUCCCCCACAGACCCCCGCGCCCCUACCCGCCCGUGCCCGGACCGAUCUACGGAGCGCCUAAGCCUCUGCCGCCGCCCAUCUACGAGCACGGCUUCGACGGCCCGGUGGCAUCGCUGCCGCCCCUGAGGCCGCCCACCAAGGGCCCCAUCGACGUGGUCGUCAACUCGCACAGCGGCGUGCAGCAGCACGUGCACCACCACUACCACCACGGCGAGGCGGGAGCCGCGAUCGUGAAGCCGGUGCCGCUGCUCGACCACCAGCCGGCCACCGGGCCCGCCUCCUUCUACGAGCCGGGCCACACCUACGGAACGAGCGCGCCGGGCGGCGGCUUCACCGGGAGCUUCGCCGGGGGCAGCGGGGGCAGCUUCAGCGGCAGCUACGGCGGCAGCAGCAGCGGCAGCUUCAGCGGCGGCUACGGCGGAGUCGGCGUCGGUCCCUUCUACAAGAAGGAGCUCUCCCUCAAGGCACCUCUCAGCGGUAACGGCCUGGGUUCGUCGUACGCGGGCAGCGGCGGCGGCAGCAGCGCCGCCUACGAGACGCCUCGCGCCGACGGCGGCUACUACACGCAGGACUGCGUGUGCGUGCCGCUGGAGCAGUGCCACGAUUUCGGCCGCAAGGAAGACGGCCUGCUGAUCGACCCGCGCAACCUGCCCUCCACGAUCGAGGCCAUCGACGACGGCGCCGUCUACGUCACUGACGCCAACGGCACUGUGGUGUCCGUGUCGCGGCACGCCAAGAGGGACGGAGAGGCCUCCAACGCGACUGCCGCAGACGACCAGGAGACGGCAACGAGUAGCAGGCGGCGCCGGGACGCCGCAGAGAGCAGCAACGUCCAGCCGCGCCUGCUAGGCGAAGACAGCAACGUCAAGCUGAACCCCACGUUCGGAGUGUCGUUCGGUCUGCCUCAGGGAGGAGGGGGAGGUUAUCCCUUGAACCCGUUCGGUCCCAACCCUGCCAUCAACCCUUACGGCGGCUCCGUCGGUGGUCCCGGAGGCAUCAACCUCGGGCUCGUCAGUGUGAACCCGCUAGUGUCCGUGCAGGUGACCAAAGACGAGUACGGAGGUAAGGUGGUGAAGCCUCUCGUCAACCUGCACGUCACGCCCAACCCGGGCCUCGUCCACAAGCUGGGCAGCCUUCUGCACGGCGGCUUCCACAAGCCCGGCUACGGCCUCUUCCACAAGCCGGGAUUCCCCUCCUACGUUAAGCACGAUCACGACCACCACCAUCAUCACGUCCACGUCCCCAAGCCCGCACCCGUCUAUCACAAACCACAUUACUACUACCCGCCCAAGCCCUACUACCCGUACAAACCAGCUCAUUACUCGAAUGGCUACUAUCAGUCUGGGCCCAACUAUUACGGCCAAAAUUACUACGACGCCUACCGCACAAACGACGACGAUGUGGAGGAAGGUAGUGACGAAAGCGCCCCUUACUACUCUGAGAGUGACGGUUACGCCCCGUCUGGAGGCUACAUUGACGACGAAGAGGACGCCUAUUACGGGCGCAGCGGCCGCUCCAACAUCUCCGCAGGGCAGACCCGAGGCAGCGGCGUGGCCUUUCCCAGUGACCGACGCAGCUUCACCGAAGCCGACGACUACGACGACAAACAGGCGUUUGGCGGCCGGUGCGGUCCGCGGCUGGUGUGCUGCCGCAGGCCGUCGCAGCCCGCCUACCGCCCCUCGCAGGCCGGCCAGUGCGGACGCAGGAACGCGCACGGCAUCAACGGGCGCAUCAAGACACCCGUCUACGUCGACGGCGAGAGCGAGUUCGGCGAGUACCCAUGGCAGGUGGCCAUCUUGAAGAAGGAUUCCCAGGAGAGCGUCUACGUGUGUGGUGGCACCGUCAUCGAUGAGCUGCACAUCCUCACUGCCGCUCACUGUGUCAAGUCGUACUCGCCGUACGACCUGCGCGUGCGCGCGGGCGAGUGGGACGUGAACCACGACGUGGAGUUCUACCCGCACGUGGAGCGCGACGUGGCGCAGGUGCAGGUGCACCCCGAGUUCUACGCGGGCACGCUCUACAACGACCUGGCCGUGCUGCGCCUCGCCUCGCCGCUCGACUUCGCGCGGGCGCCGCACAUCUCGCCGGCCUGCCUGCCGCCGCCGGGCGCCGACUUCUCGGGCCAGCGCUGCUGGGCCACCGGCUGGGGCAAGGACGCCUUCGGCGACUACGGAAAAUACCAGAACAUACUCAAGGAGGUGGAGGUGCCCAUCCUGCCGUUCCACCAGUGCCAGUCGCUGCUCCAGCAGACCAGGCUCGGCUUCGACUUCCGCCUUCAUAACGGAUUCCUCUGUGCCGGAGGAGAAGAGGGCAAAGACGCCUGCAAGGGCGACGGCGGCGGCCCGCUGGUGUGCGAGCGCGGCGGCGUCUGGCACGUGGCCGGCGUCGUCAGCUGGGGCGUCGGCUGCGGCCAGCGGGGAGUCCCCGGCGUGUACGUGAACGUGGCGCGCUACAACGACUGGAUACGGCGCGCCACCGGGAAGUACUGAGGCCGCUGCCCGCCCACCCACUCACACACCGUGUAAUCGUCUGCUCACACAUCGUUAAUUUAUUUGUUGCUUCAACACCAACUAUCGUUUCUGGAUUCAAGGCCGUGCCAUUGGCGAGAAAUAGACAGUCUCAAUGCCCCGGUCUGGAAUUCGGGAGCACCAAGUACUGCAUGUUACAUGCACUCUCUAU